AAGCCCCACGGAACGCCAUUUUCAAGUGCAGAGAAAAAUUCCAAUCCAUUUUCAUCCUUCAAUUAGCAACUAUUGUAGAGUUCAUGUACCCUGUUGGGCAGCCACCUGGUCCUCCUGGCCCACCCGGUCCCUCGGGUCCGGGUGGACCCCCAGGACCAGCUGGCCCCCCAGUGCCCCGACCCUUGACCUUGCCGCCGGGACCCACAGCGGUCCCUGGCCCCAUCACUACCAUUGUACCGCAAGCCCCUGGUACGCCAGCUGUGGCAACAGGGACAGGCAUGACUGCCCUCUUACCGCCAGAACUACCUACUUUUGUAGCACCAAGAAGACCGAAUCUCGGGCGAGAAGGUCGACCUAUCACGUUGCGGGCCAAUCACUUCCAGAUCUCUAUGCCAAGAGGUUACAUUCACCACUAUGAUAUUAGUAUUACCCCUGAUAAAUGCCCGCGCAAGGUUAAUCGGGAAAUUAUUGAGACGAUGGUUCAUGCUUUCCCUAGAAUUUUUGGCACUCUAAAGCCUGUGUUCGAUGGGAGAAGCAAUUUAUACACCAGAGAUCCCCUGCCCAUUGGUAAUGAAAAAAUGGAGCUUGAGGUAACGUUACCAGGGGAAGGACGUGACAGGGUGUUCAAGGUAGCGAUGAAAUGGUUAGCACAAGUAAAUUUAUAUACGUUAGAAGAAGCAUUGGAGGGACGGACGAGAACCAUUCCUUAUGAUGCAAUACAGGCACUAGAUGUCGUCAUGCGUCAUCUGCCAUCCAUGACGUACACACCAGUGGGCCGGUCCUUCUUCUCCGCUCCAGAUGGCUAUUAUCACCCCUUGGGAGGUGGACGGGAAGUGUGGUUUGGCUUCCAUCAAAGUGUAAGACCUUCACAAUGGAAGAUGAUGCUUAACAUUGACGUGUCAGCUACAGCAUUUUACAAAGCCCAGGCAGUAAUAGAGUUUAUGUGUGAAGUGUUAGAUAUUCGAGAAAUAGGUGAGCAGAGGAAACCUCUAACAGAUUCCCAGCGUGUCAAGUUCACAAAAGAAAUUAAGGGUCUGAAGAUUGAGAUCACACACUGCGGUGCGAUGCGAAGAAAGUACAGGGUGUGUAAUGUCACAAGAAGACCAGCACAGAUGCAGUCGUUCCCAUUGCAGCUAGAGAAUGGUCAGACUGUGGAAUGUACUGUUGCAAAAUAUUUCCUUGACAAAUACAAAAUGAAACUCAGGUUCCCCCAUCUACCUUGCCUUCAGGUGGGACAAGAACACAAACACACAUACCUUCCUCUGGAAGUAUGCAACAUUGUACCUGGACAACGAUGCAUCAAGAAACUAACAGACAUGCAGACAUCUACCAUGAUCAAGGCAACAGCUAGAUCUGCACCGGAUAGGGAGAGAGAGAUCAACAAUCUGGUCCGAAAGGCGGACUUUAACAAUGACCCGUACAUGCAAGAAUUUGGUCUGACGAUCAGUACAGCUAUGAUGGAGGUCCGAGGCCGCGUACUCCCACCCCCAAAGCUCCAAUAUGGAGGGCGAACAAAGCAGCAAGCUCUGCCCAACCAGGGGGUGUGGGACAUGAGGGGGAAACAGUUCUUCACAGGGGUAGAAAUCCGCGUGUGGGCCGUUGCAUGCUUCGCCCCACAGCGCACAGUGAGAGAAGAUGCGCUGCGCAAUUUUACACAGCAACUACAAAAGAUUAGUAAUGAUGCUGGCAUGCCCAUCAUUGGCCAGCCGUGCUUCUGCAAGUAUGCCAACGGUCCUGACCAGGUAGAGCCCAUGUUCCGUUACCUGAAGAGCACAUUCACCGGUCUGCAGCUUGUAUGUGUUGUUCUACCAGGCAAAACUCCUGUCUAUGCUGAAGUGAAGCGUGUGGGUGACACGGUCUUAGGAAUGGCUACCCAAUGUGUCCAGGCCAAGAAUGUGAACAAAACCUCACCGCAAACACUGUCCAACCUCUGUCUCAAAAUAAAUGUGAAGUUGGGAGGCAUCAACUCCAUUCUUGUUCCAGGCAUCAGACCAAAAGUGUUCAAUGAGCCUGUGAUCUUCCUGGGUGCUGAUGUAACUCAUCCACCAGCGGGUGAUAAUAAGAAGCCGUCCAUUGCAGCCGUAGUAGGAUCUAUGGAUGCUCAUCCAUCACGCUAUGCUGCAACUGUCCGGGUCCAGCAGCACAGACAGAAUGGAUCAACAACACAAGGCCAAAGUGCCAGUGACGGCUCGCGACCCAGACAACUGACUUUCGCGAGGACGGCACAUGACGAGGUGAUCCAGGAGCUCUCUUCUAUGGUGAAGGAGCUGCUCAUCCAGUUCUACAAGUCUACGCGGUUCAAGCCCAACAGGAUCAUCCUUUAUCGGGAUGGUGUGAGCGAGGGCCAAUUCCAGACCGUGCUCCAGCAUGAGCUGACUGCCAUGAGAGAGGCUUGCAUAAAGUUGGAAGCGGACUACAAGCCUGGUAUCACGUACAUUGCUGUGCAGAAGAGACAUCAUACGAGAUUGUUCUGUUCUGACAAGAAGGAACAGAGUGGCAAGAGUGGUAAUAUUCCUGCAGGUACAACCGUUGAUGUGGGCAUCACGCAUCCAACUGAGUUUGACUUCUACCUCUGCUCUCAUCAGGGUAUCCAGGGCACAAGUCGUCCCAGUCACUACCAUGUACUGUGGGAUGAUAACCACUUUGACAGUGAUGAGCUGCAGUGCCUGACUUACCAGUUGUGUCAUACCUAUGUAAGAUGUACACGAUCAGUCUCCAUACCUGCUCCAGCCUAUUAUGCUCACUUGGUAGCCUUCAGGGCUCGUUAUCAUCUCGUCGAAAAGGAGCAUGACAGUGGAGAGGGGUCACACCAAUCUGGCAACAGUGAGGAUCGCACACCAUCUGCCAUGGCAAGGGCAGUUACAGUGCAUGUCGACACAAACAGAGUCAUGUACUUUGCUUAACAUCUCUCCUUACCUAGUCCGCCUCAAGGUUCACAAGAUCGUCAUGCAAGAAGUAGAGUCUGGUCUUAAAAGUGGGCUCGUUUGCAGAAGAACUCGUCGAUGGAUCCUCUUUAUUGUGGUUAAUUUUAAAUGAUAGAUGACCAUUUUAAGCUGACUUUUAUUUUUUUUUUAUUUAUUUUUUUUUUCUUUGACUGGUUUGGAACUUUCACAGAUUUUAUAUUUUGUUUUUAAUGGUAUGAUAAAAAAAGAAAUUUUUAUUUGAAAAUGGCCCAAAUUAAUUGCACAUGAUAUAAUGUGUGUGUGUAAAUAUUGAUCAUAAUGGGAUUUUCUAUUAGUGGUGUCGUAUGAAUUUGAACUUGAUUAUUAGCUUUAAAUUUUAAGAUUUCCACUUUGUGGGGCUCACCAUCUGAUAUAUUUUGGAAGCCAACAACUGAAUUACAUUUAUUUCAUUUAUUUAUUCACAAUAUUAUUUUAGGGUGAAUUCAGUUCAUAAUUUCACCCUGAGCACGAUCUGUGAAAUUUACCAUUCUCUGUAGAACCAUUAAAAUGGUCACACGUUGAAUGUUUAAGGAAGAUGGAAUCAUGUACCUGCUGAAAUGUACCUCAUGCCUCCCAUAGAUGUUGGCUUGUGUACCACAUGCGUUUGUUGCAUGCUGAGUCAGUGCAUGGUAGGUUCAUGUCUUUGUGCAUGCUCCAAAGCAUGGGGAUAACUUCUGUGACAGCAGCAUUAAGCUUGCAUUUUCAUUACAUCAAGUAACAUUGAAUUUUUAAGUGUACUGGUGUAUUUUGUAUGGAAUGCACUUGUGUGGUGCACAACUCUUUAACGAGUCAUAAUUUUGAUCACUAAUAUAUGCAGUCUGGUGAGUAGUGAUGGGGCUUUGUUAGUGGAAUGCUGAUAUUUAUGGAUUCCUGCUCAUUCUUCGUCAUUGGUAUUGUACAUAAUAUUAUGAAUGAUUAGUAUGAUUUAAAAAAAAAAAGUUUUCAAUUGUUUAUUUUGUCAAAAAGUGUACAUUUUAUACUUCAUGACUACUGACCAGAGUGCAUGUAGGUGUUGUAUGGAUAAUGCCGGGAAAUCCAAAGCCACAGCGACAUGGGGUUUUAAUGAAUUAAGGUUUAAGGCUCCUGCAGUCAUAUUUUUUACUGCCAUUAAUGUUUUUAUUUUUAUUUUUAUUUUCUUUAUUAUUAUUUUUUAGAUAUGUAAAGGGUUUAAUAACCCUUGAACUCAUGUGUAUAUAACUGGAAGGGGCAUUGCACUUGCAUAAAGUUCAUAGAAUAUUAGGUCUGUGGAACAUUGUCCAAUGUUAAAAAAUGGUUAAUUAUUGUGUUAUCAGCAAAGCUAUCAUUACUCGGUGAUGUACAUAUAGAUACAAGUACUACCAUACAAUGCAAGUGUGAGUGUAGAGUACAAGGCAUGCCCCAUCCAUAUCAUAAGCACAUGGAUUUCCUAGUCUAAGACCACAACUUUUGAAUAUCACUGUUUGCCAUAGAAUGGAUGGGAAUACUUAGCAAUCAUCUACAACGGGGUAGUUUUAUUUGGGUGACAGUUUAGGUAGCAAACAAGAAGAAAAUGAAGAACAAAAUUAUAUCACCUGGGAUAAUCCCGAUGGUGUUCAGAAAAAUUGGUCUAGAAAUCAGACCUGCAGAUUUCUGCAGACUUCGCAGUGGUACUCAUCGUAGAAUACAUACGAUUGCUUCCAAGACAAGAAUAGUAACUGAGCAUGUUUUAGUUCAUUUUUUGUGUAACAAAUUCACUUACUUUCAAAAAGAGCAGCCUGGGCUUGGGUGCCAUAUAAUAGUAAUUUAUAGCUCAUGUGAUAAUAGCACGUGGCAGAUGGUGCAGCUACAUUCUAGUAUGACAACGCUCAGAGGCAACUGCACUACUCCGAGACCCUUCACGGAGCUCCAGUCUUCCCGAAUGUAGUUACCAAACCCCAGGGUAGAGAUAUUUAUAUUUGAUUUCCCCCUCUCCCUCCUACUGUUACUAACUGCUCUCACUAGAAGAGGUAAAGGGUCCAGCAGAGAAACUCCUUAAGAUUAGGCAUUUUAGAGGCAAUGAAUUACACAAAGACCUGCACGAAAUUAUUUAUUUAUGACUUUUACUUUUUGCAGGGUAAUUAACUAUUCUUGCCCAUGGAUUUUUAGCUUUACUAUUACUAUUUCUCCAUCAUCACGAAAAGAUUGCAAUAAAAUGCUUAGUUCAAGUCAUGGUGAGUUCCAGGAAUUUAAUUCCACUGAUAAGGCUUUGGCUUGGUCCAGUUGGCUGUUUUUUCCUUUCCUUUUUUUUUUUUUUUUUUUUUUUUUUUUUUCUUCUUUCUUUCCCCCCUGAAUAUAGUGCAUUUUCUUAUUGUAGUCUUUUUUAUGUAAUAAAAAGAAAAUUGUGCAAAGCACAAUUAUUUAGCAAUUCUUUCCACAAAGUCUAAUUCUUUUUGUAGUAGAUACUUGCAUUUUGGUACCAUAAUUUAAAGGGGAAUAAAAUAGAGGUCCUUCUUUGUAUGGAUUUUAAAGCACAAAACGGCCAACUGUGACCCGGGAAUGCUUGAUCUGUUUUUGUGUAUCAGUAGCAUCACGUCCACUGAAGAUCCAGUAGCGUGUCCUUGCAGUGUUCAAUUAACUAUUUCGUCCAGGUGUCAUGGGUGUUCUCCGGGUUGCCCACUUUGUAAUAACCUCUUUAUUGUUAAAUAUCCGCUUAGUGCAUUUGUCCAGUGGUGCAUUAUCGUGUUCAUAUAGCUAUUGCAAGGUUAAUUAAUUCUGUGGUUUAUUGGCUUAAUGUAUAAAAGAAUUUAUAGUGGGAUUGCAUUAGGUUUUGAUGUUGGGAUGUAAACCUUGUCAUGUAACUUUUUUUUUUUUUUUUUUUUUUUUCCCCU